AUGUCGUCUGCCGCUCACCCGGUUCAUUCAUCUUCCGAGCCCGCCAAACCUGCAGAGGGCUUGGAGCCUGUCACCCCCGGAGCUUCCGCUACCCAGGUCAACAAGAAGCAAGGCGGAGGUGACAAACCGAACAAAAAAGAAAAGAAAGAGAAGAAAGGUGGUGGUGGUGAGCCCUUAGAACUUAAUCCUCCACCGGAAUUCUUCGCGGAGAGGAUCCAGAUUUACGACAAGUACAAGGCGGAAUACGAAGAAUUUGUAGCUAAGCAAGAACGAGUCGCCAUCACCGUUACACUUCCUGAUGGAAAGAAGAUCGAAGGUAAGGCAUGGGAGACUACUCCAUUAGAAAUCGCUAGAGGAAUUUCACCUGGAUUGGCGGAUAAAGUGAUAAUUGCGAAAGUGAAUAACCAAGAAUUAUGGGAUCUCACUCGACCCUUGGAAUCCUCUUGCGACUUGAAAUUACUCGAUUUUGACUCGCCCGAUAACAACUAUGAAGCACGACAAGUGUUCUGGCACUCGUCUGCGCAUGUGUUAGGUGAAGCUUGUGAGAGGAGAUUUGAUGGAUGUUGUCUUGGUUAUGGACCGCCUUUAGAGGAAGGUGGUUUCUUUUAUGAUAUGAGUUUGGCAGGUGGUAGAACAGUCAGUCAAGAGGAUUAUAAAGGUAUAGAAGAUGUUUGUAAGAUUGCGGUCAAAGAGAAACAACCUUUCGAAAGACUGGAAUUACCAAAAGAAACUUUAUUGGAGAUGUUCAAGUACAAUAAAUACAAACAACACUAUAUCAACGACAAAGUACCUGAUGGAACCAGAACCACUGUAUACAAAUGUGGUCCUUUGAUAGAUUUAUGUCUCGGUCCUCAUGUUCCUCAUACAGGUAGAAUCAAGUCUCUUGCUGUUACCAAGAACUCAUCUUCUUAUUUCCUCGGUGAUGCUAAAAAUGAUACCUUCCAACGAGUGUACGGAAUGUCCUUCCCCGAUAACGACCGAAUGAAGGAGUACAAGAAAUACCUCGAAGAAGCUGCUAAGCGGGAUCACAGAAAGAUCGGUAAAGAUCAGGAACUUUUCGUGUUCAACGAUCUCAGUCCCGGAAGUGCUUUCUUCUUGCCUCACGGUAUGAGAAUCUACAACACCCUUAUGAACUUCAUCAAAGCUGAAUACUUCAAACGAGGAUUUUCAGAAGUCGGAUCACCUAAUAUAUUCAACUCUAAAUUAUGGGAGACUUCAGGACAUUGGCAAAACUACUCUGAAGAUAUGUUCAAGCUCAAAGUCGAUGAAGAUACAUUCGCUAUGAAACCUAUGAACUGUCCAGGACAUUGUGUGAUUUUCGAUUCUAGGGAAAGAUCCUACAAGGAAUUACCAUUACGAUAUGCCGAAUUUGGUGUCUUACAUCGAAACGAAGCUAGUGGUGCUUUGUCUGGAUUGACGAGAGUAAGAAGAUUCGUACAAGAUGACGCUCACAUCUUCUGUACACCCGAUCAAGUGGAAUCUGAAUUAUACGGAGCUUUCGAAUUUCUCGAUGCUGUAUACAAACCUUUCGGAUUCACCUACAAAGUUGGCCUGUCCACCCGAAACCCAAAGAAAUGGAUGGGUGAUCUUGCUUUGUGGGACAAGGCUGAGGCUACUUUGAGAGAAGUACUGGAAAAGAAAGUUCCAGGUAAAUGGCACGUUAAUGAGGAAGAUGCUGCUUUCUAUGGUCCAAAGCUCGAUUUCCAACUGACCGACGCAUUGAAACGAAACUGGCAAUGUGGUACCAUCCAGCUCGAUUUCAACCUUCCCGAGCGAUUCAACCUCAAAUAUCACUCUGCUGAACAAGCUUCUGACUCCACCCCUGGUGCUCAAUUCGCUCGACCUGUGAUGAUUCACCGAGCUAUCUUAGGUUCUUUGGAAAGGUUCAUCGCUAUCAUUACUGAAUCUUCGGGUGGUAAAUGGCCAUUCUGGUUAUCACCCCGACAAGUCGUCGUCAUCCCCGUUGCUAAAGCAUACGUCGAAUAUGCUCAACAAGUAUCCAAACGAUUUACCGAAGCUGGAUUAUACGCCGAAGCGGACCUGAGUGAUAACACUUUGAACAAGAAGAUCAGGAAUGCUCAAACUGCUCAAUGGAACUUUAUCAUGGUUGUUGGUCAAGAUGAAUUGGAUUCUCAAUCUGUCAACAUCCGAAAUAGGGAUGACGAAGUACAAGGUAGAGAGGAGACUGUUAAACUUGAUGUGGCAGUUAAGAAGUUGUCUGCGUUGAAGGAAAGUAAAGCUGCUAUAAGUAAACUUUAG